GCCGUGUGUUCAAGGUGUAUCAGUGUAAUGAAUUCACUGUUUAAGAUAUUAUAAUGGAUACUGAUAUUGAUCAUCAUCAUAUUAAAUCCAUUGAAUUCAAUAAUGUUAGUACAAUUUGGACAAGAUUAAUCUCUAAUGAAUUAAAUUAUGUACAAAAUAAUCCUAAAUUAUUUACUCAUUUAUUAAAUAAACAAAAUAUUCAUAAUGAUGAUCAAAUUAAGAAAUUAGCAUUACAAGCUAAUUCUACACAAUUAUCUGCUUCAUUUUAUUAUCGUAUUGUUAAUUAUAUUAAUGAGAAUGCAACAAAUGAUUUACGUCGUAUCAUAUCUUUUAUAAAUGAAUUUGACAAAGGUAAUAUUUGUAUGAAAAGUACUAAAAAAGCUCAACAUUAUAGAAAAUUAGGAAAUGAUUUAUUCAAGCAAGGUAACUUGAAUGCUUCAGCAACAGCUUAUCGAACUGGUUUACUUCAUGCACCUAAUGCAUAUUUCAUGUCAUCGACUAGUCAAAAUGAUGAAUUUUGUUUAGAAGGUGCAUUGUUGCACGGUAAUUUAUCUGUUGUACUUGCACAUCAACAAUUAUGGUCAUCUUGUUUAGAAUCUGUACUAACUGCAUUGGAAUUACACUUGAAUGUGACAAAUAUUCAGAAUUGUAGUAAUAAUUCACCAGUAAUUCGCUUAAAAACUCGUUUCGAUCAAUGUUGUAAACAUUUAAAUUUACCUACACUUAUUGAAUGGAACUCUACACUUACAUCAUACAAAUUACUGGAAAUUCAUACCAAGCUUAUCUCUUUACUUAAUAAUGAGAAUAAAAACAAUGUAAAGAACCAUUGGGAUAUCCCAACACCAAAAUACGAUCAUAACCUUUUGUACCAUGGGCUUUCAAACGGUGUACGUAUUGAUACAAAUCAUGAAAAAGGCAGACAUAUCAUCGCUACUGAAUCCUUUGAACCAGGCGAUAUUAUAGCGGUUGAGCCUGCUGGUGGAUGGGCAGCAAACAGAAAUGCACACUCUUAUGAUAAUGAUAAUAAUAAUCGUAACACAUUUGAAUAUUUACUACUUCUACCAUCACAACGGAUGAAUCAAUGUUUGAAAUGUUUUAAUCAACUAAACUCCGUUGGUUUUGUCUGUCCGUACUGUUGUGAUGCUGCGUAUUGUGAAUUGUCAAAUAGGACUAGUUGUAAUUCUUACUGCGCAAAAAUUUCAAAUCCUUCAUACUUAUUUCGUGAUUUUCAACAACCUGCUUGGCAUCUGGCAGAAUGUCGAUUUAUGUUUAUUUUAAAUUCCAUUGGAUUGGGUCAUUUAUGCUUUCGUCUCGCAUGGCUUCGUCAACGCUAUCAUCACUCAUCUUCCGACGAAAUUAUCAAUGAUAAUAAUUCAUAUUUUACUACUGAUCAAUUAAUUGAACAUUUUACAAACUUUCACGUUGAUGAAUUAUUCGAAUAUGCACUUACUGGUUGGUUAAUAUCGAAACUUUUAAGCUAUAAUAAUAAUAAUGAUAAUAAUAAAACAAAUUUGCAAUCGACUAACAAUGAAUUGAUCCAAGGUCUCUGGUGUUUCGACACGUUAAGACGUCUUCAGUGUAAUGCACACGCUAUCACUGAAAUCCAGGUCAAUGAUCCUGAUAUUCAAACAUGGCUCCCUUCGGAUCAAAUAAAUGUUAAUGAUGUUAAUGAUCCGAAAUUAAUUUAUCCUUUGAUUUGUAAAUUGCAACAAAUUCGCAUUGCAACUGGCCUAUUUCCAUGUGUUAGCUUGUUAAAUCAUUCAUGCGAUCCGAAUACCAUUCAUGAUUUUCAAAAUUCAUAUUUAAUUUUACGUUGCUUAAAACCAAUCCUACCUAAUACUGAAGUAUUUCAUUGUUAUGGCCCGCAUUAUUUACAUUAUCCAUCAAGUGUUCAACGUGUAACACUUCUUCAACAACAAUAUUUCUUUAUAUGUCAUUGUGAACAUUGUGAUAAAUCUGUUCAAUCUUCAUCAUCAUCAUCAUCAUCAUCAUCUACUUUAAGUAAAGAUCAACAAAUGUCUAUUGUCCCAACUAAAGAAAUGUUAAACUCAUGGAAAGAUGCUGUUGACAAUCUUUUACAAAUACCUUGGCAACCUAUACAAUCAUUAGAGAACUUGAAAAAUUCUAUACAAAUUAUACAUAAUAUUGCUACAAUGAAUUCAACUAUUUCAUGGUGGCCAUUAGAUAAUAAUUUAGGUAAUUUAUAUGAUACUUUAGGUAGACAAUAUUUAAUUCAAUCAAAAUUUUUAAAAAAGCAUACAAAAUUUAAUUUAAAACAAACGAAUUGGUUAUUUAUACAAAAUAUUGGUUUAUGGUGUUUAUAUAAAUCAAUUCAAUGGGUUCAAUUACAAUUCGGUAUGAUUAGUUGUGAAUAUUUAUGGGAAUUAAUAAAUUAUUUUAAUUUAUUUAUUCAUUGUUUUAAUCGAUUGAAUACUACUACUAAUACUACUAUUACUAUUCCUACUACUACUGCUACUACUGCUAUGCCUACUACUAAUACUCCUCCUCCUACUAUUACUACCAUUACUACCACUACUACUACUACUACUACUACUACUACUGCUACUACUACUACUACUACUAAUCCUACUACUACUCCUACUCCUGCUACUCCUCAUCCCACUACUACUACUGCUACUACUCCUACUACUAGUACUACUACUAAUAAUACUCCUACUCCUCUUACUAAUAUUACUACUCCUACUACUAGUAAUAAUAAUAAUACUAAUAAUAGUAAUGAUGAUCUCUAUGAAGAAUUUAUAAAAUUUAAUGAUGAAUUAAUUAAAUUACAAAUGGAUUCUAUUACAUUUAAGGAUCAUGAUUCAAUUUUAUCUGAGAUCAUUCAUAUUUCUACUAUAUUAUAUGGUUCUGAUAAAACUCAUAUGAUUAUGAAUAAAUUUUUACAUAUAUAAUAUGUAUCUUUAUUCAAUUAUAAUGUAUAUUGAUGUAUUAUUAUAUUUUGUAAUGCUAUGCGCC